GACUGAGGGAUCUAAGGCACGUCACACCAGCCCAAGCUCAGUAAAGUGCUACACACACCUCGCAUCUUCCUCCUCCUUCGCCUUCUGCAGUAGGAUACACCGUCCACCGCCACUUCAACGAUACCUCAAGAUGCAAAGCGUACUGCUUCUCCUCGUCUCCUGCGUGGCCGGCUGCGUGGUGGCCGCCCCUGCCUCUCUGGAGUCCACCGCUACGCCCAUCCCGAUCCUGAUGGACGAGAGGAUACCCAUUGACCAAUACGGCGGUUAUGGCUUCAGGAUACAGACUGGGAAUGACGUGACCUGGGUGGAGAGGGCAGAGGCGAGCGGUCCUACCAACGAGGUCACCAGGACAGGACAGUACAGGUUCGUUCACCCAGACGGCACGGUGCACCUGCUGACUUACACUGCUGGCGUCAACGGAUUCCAGCCCAUCUCUGACAUGCUGCCCACGCCUCACCCACUCGAGCCCUGGCAUCUGGAGCAGAUUGCAUUCGCCGAGAAACAGAAAGCAGAGGCGGCGGCAAGAAAGGCGGCGGAGGAAGAGGUAGAGGAAUGAGGAGACUUGACCUAACCACUUGGAGAAAACGGUUUGCCAGAGUUGUUAGUUAUUUGUUGACGUGGUUAUGACGACUGUACUUUUAUUGUUUAUUUUAAGUUACGAUGUCUUGGUAUUAAUGUACUUGUAUAGUUUAUUUUGUUAACGUUUACAUCAUUCUAUCCUUCAGAGUUUUAGAGAAAUAAUGUUGUUUCGUUCCCUCUCUCUCUAUUUUGGAGGUGUGUGUGUGAAAAGAGUUAAAGUAUAAAGUUUUCUUUGUUGAUAUGUAUAUGAGAUAUUUUGUAUAUUAAUGAAAAUAUAUAUACUUUAUAUUUA